CCCAUUUCCUGGACCAAGUUCCUGAGGGAGGGCCGGUUUGAGCAAGCAUGGGAAAGUUCUCCCCACUUUUUCCGAUUACAUCGAUUCUUUUUAAAGAAGGCAAAACAUAACCCGACCGGAGCAGCAGUGUAGUCCACCACUGGAUAGAGCGGAGGUGACAUUAAAGACGCACUGUUUGCUGGGACCCGUGAGGCUGUAAGGAGACAAACCCGGCUUCUAGAGAGAGAAAGAGGAUGUCCAGAGCUGACUGGUCCUUCCUGGAGCACCUGCUGGAGGAGGGCCAGGAGUAUUCAACAGCUAUUGGCCGGGUCUGGCUUACCGUACUCUUUCUGUUUCGCAUGCUGGUACUGGGAACUGCUGCUGAGUCUGCCUGGGAUGACGAGCAAGCAGACUUUGUUUGCAAUACCAUCCAGCCUGGCUGCACUGCUGUUUGCUAUGAUAAAGCCUUCCCUAUAUCCCACUUCCGCUACUUUGUCCUCCAGGUCAUCUUCGUCUCCACGCCGACCAUCUUUUACUUUGGAUAUGUGGCUAUAAGGGCUGGGAAGGACAGGAGAAAAGAUGAUGAGAAGCAGGCUGAAGAAGGAGGUGCUGGUGGAAGAAAAAAUGGGCAAGUUCACACAGAAAGAGGCGAUAUCACAAAAAAUGAAGAGACAGAGAAAGAAAAGAGUGGCAUGAAAGGCAGAAGGCUAGAGAAAUUUUCCGAGGUGCCCAAACUGAAAGGCAGGCUGCUGGGAGCAUACGCAUUCAGCAUCUUAUUGAAAGUCCUCUUAGAGGUCGGCUUUAUUGUUGGGCUUUGGUUCCUUUACGAUGGCUUCUUCAUUGCACCAAAGUUUGAGUGUAAAAAGUACCCUUGUCCCCACACGGUGGACUGCUUUGUGUCUCGACCCACAGAAAAGACUAUUUUCACCAUCUAUACUCAGGUGAUUGCUGCCAUCUCCCUGUUACUAAACCUCAUCGAGCUCCUCCAUCUGCUCCAGCUUGCCAUCGCCUACCGCCUGGAGAAACGCCAGCAACAGGACUACCUACCUCGGCCCGAGCGGGAACCGGUGCGACAAAAGACUCCAGAACUCCAAACGCAGGCAUCACAGGCUUAUAAAGCAGGGAGCCAUAUUGAGCUCGCCGUGCAGAGUGAGGCUGCACGCUGUCCAAACCCCUGUGAGCGCUACGGGGACAUGCCCAUAGAGGUGAACUGGGGAACUGGAGAUGCUGGGAGCGACGCGCUUCCCAGUUAUGUGAACUGUAUGGGUGCUAUGAGAAAGACACAUUCCCCUAGAGUCCAUUAUAAGAAACAUGUACACCACACGGGAAAAACUACUAAGGGUGCUCAUAAGGGACACUCAAAACAAAAGCAUUAUGUAUGAUGUAGUCAGUCAGACUGAUGUUUCUAUGGGAGUGUUUUUUGGGCUUCAGAUUUUUUUUUUAUAAAUAUUUUCCUGCACACUUGACUAUCAGAAGUGCACAGUAAGAUACAGAAGAACAGCUACUGUACUGUGAACGUAAUGCCUCAGAGGCUGACAGACACUCAAACAGAGAUUUAUCAGAUAAAUGGACCUAUUCAAAAUGAAAAAUUUAAAGAGCACUCCCCAAGGCAAAGAAAAUGAGACUCCACAGUGAGAGAAGAUUAAAGUCAUAAGAUGCCUUAACGUUACAUUUAAUGGGUUUUUAGUGCUGAAUGUGAAAGUGGGCUUUGGAGAGGGUGUUGUGUGAGAGUUUACUGGAGAGCUAAAUUUAAAUAUACUCCCUGGAGAUUUGCACUGUAACUUCUUUUUGAAGCCAGUUCUCUCCCAAAGGCUCUGUCCACCCUGUGGAAUGUACUGGUCUCUGGAUCACGCUCAGGUCCCGGGAGGAUAAUGACUGCGUGGAUGCAGGCACGCAUGCAUGCAUGCACACACACAAUAUAAUUUCCCAACGAGUUUUUGCCGCUCAAGUUGAGGAUGCAGGCUUGGAGAGCAGGAGCAGAGGGAAAGGGGAAACCAAACUAUGGGACUUAUUAUCGCCAAUAACCGCAGCAUUAUAUCUACAAAGAAAACAGAGAGAAGGAAAGCACAACACACAGACAGGCAUCCAUUUGAAUGAAUGAAAACUAAACCUUUAGUCGGUUAGAGGUUGAUCUUGCGCCGCGACCGGGGCUGAAAGCGGUACAGAAAUGUACAAAUUCAAAGAAAGGAAACGAGUUGUUCUGUGAAAACUGUAUUUAAUGUUUAUUUUUGAGAUAUUGCAAAGUGAUAAUAUUUAUUAUUUUUUUGAAGAAAUAAAGUUUAAAGUAUAAUGAACAUAUGAAAAAAAAUCAAUAACUGCAUCACAGAUAUACUUUCAGAACCUUUCAGCCUGCUUUGUGUUCAUCAUGGUUUUAUUCCCUUUCUUUCCCAAACACAGGGAUGAGAUUUCUACGGGGGAAAAUCUCUCUUAAGCGACUGCUCACUUGCUGCUAUCCAAAUACUGUCUCCGCUACAGGAAAUUAAUCAUUCAAGAGGAAGAUAAUAGAAUAAAUAAUAGAAAGAGAGAGGUGUGGAGGAGAGGAUGGGUUUUACACGCUAUUAUGAGCACAACCAACUGAGGGGAGAAAACGGGGGAAAAAUGGAGGGAAAACACUUUUGACUUAAUGGCUGUUUUCAAAUAUGUAACUGUGGCUGCACAGGCAACAAGGCCAUCACUCAAAAUGCCAGUAAAAGUUCAUACGAGGAAGAAUCGCACUUUAUUCAGGCUCUAUUUAAUUUCCCCUGGAGUCCACUGCACUGAUGGCCAACGGUGUUUUUUUUUCUUUUUCUUUUUGAUGAAAGCAAUUGAUAAAAUACAGAACUCAGCACCUUCGACAAAAGGUGCUCGCCCAGCCUCUGAAAGAAUGUACUCAUACGUCUUUUUUAGAUUUGUAGCUCUGCAGCAAUACAGCAUUCAUUUCCAGCAAUUUACUGGACUGUCGAUAUGAUGAUAAGCAGUUAUCUAUGGCAGGAAAGGUGGUCGGUGGGAAAUUCAAGUGAGGUGCGUGUGUGCGUGUGUGUGUUUGAGAGGUCAAAUCUGCAACAAGCAGCUGAAGAAUCUGAC